UUAUAACCUAAUAACCAGCGCAUGUGCAGAGGUUUUCGUGCUGAUUCGGUUAUCUGCACAGACACGGCCGUGGGACGUAUGAGGAGGAGAGGGCGCGCACUGAGGCUGCGUGUGCACGGCGCGCACAGUUAUCUGCUGGUCAUGUGUGGCAGCAGAAAGAAGCAGCAGCGAUGAUAAUUCUACUGCUUUUGCUUUUCAUCUGCCUUUUCCACUGCUGAGAGUGCCAUCGCAUAUUUUUACACUCAACACAAACACACACCGAAAACCACAAACACUUUCCAUAGGCUACAUUUCUCACCCCUCGACCAGUGUACACACAAAGCUUCGUGCACACACACACCGUCACUCUCUCUCACUUCCUUUUCUCUCUCUCUCUCUCUCUCUCUCUCCCUCUCUCUCUCUCUUUCUCUCUGAGGCUCGCGGAGAGUCCUGAAAGCCGCCCUGACAGCUCGCAGCUCACGCGGGGUUCAGAUCCAGACAUCGGAUCUUCUCAGGAGAACAUCGCGCAGCCUUCACGCGCUGAGCAGCCGCGACGGUGAGCCGUUUCACCGCCGCGCGGACCUCCAGUCUUCACAGAGGUGCGGGAGUUAUUCUGGGGCUUUGUUGCGCGAUUUUAACACAGAGGACAGUUGCUAUAAAAGUGAAGCGAGGAAGACUACUGAAAACAUGCUGGUUGGUUGGUGGCAGUUACUGGGCGGUCACUAGGUUGCAGCUGUCCGUCAAGACUAACAUGGAAAGAGAGGGCUCAUUUAGGAGGAUUUCGAGGAGUCUCCACAGCAAACUGAGGCUGGGCAGCGGCUCCUCCUCCAGUCUGACCGACCUCUCGCAGGCGAAAACCCCAUCGGGGGGCGGUGGGGAGAAGGGAGGGACGGCAGAGGAGUGCAGCAAGGACAAAGGGACCCAGCAGAGGAGGGCCGGGGCCAACGCCACCUGGAACAGCAUCCACAACGCAGUGAUUUCAGUUUUCCAGAGGAAGGAUCUGGGAGAAAAUGAACUCUACACGCUGAAUGAAGGUGUCAGGCAGCUGCUGAAGACGGAGCUGGGCUCCUUCUUCACUGAGUACCUUCAGAACCAGCUGCUCACUAAAGGCAUGGUCAUACUGAGAGACAAGAUCCGCUUCUAUGAAGGUCAGAAGCUGUUGGACUCUCUGGCCGACACGUGGGACUUCUUCUUCUGCGAUGUACUGUCCAUGCUGCAGGCCAUCUUCUAUCCUGUACAGGGGAAGGAGCCAUCAGUGCGUCAGCUGGCUCUGCUCCACUUCAGGAACAUCAUCACCCUGAACCUGAAACUGGACGAGGCUCUCUCUCGACCCCGAGCCAGAGUUCCUCCUUCUAUCAUACAGAUGCUGCUAAUACUACAGGGUGUCCAUGAAUCUAAAGGUGUCACAGACGACUACCUGCGUCUGGAGUCCCUCAUCCAGAAGGUGGUCUCUCCCUACCUGGGGACUCACGGUUUAUAUUCCAGAGAUGGAUCCUCCAAUCUGCACUGCUCCUCCUGCCUAUUAGAAAAACGUUUGCAGCGCUCCUGGUCCUCCAGACCAGGUAACUCCCCCACUGCCAAAAAUCCAGUGGUACGCUCUAAGAGCUACAACGUUCCCAUGCUGACCCCCGUGGUGGAAUAUGACGUGGACUCCUCUGUAGGAGGCGGCACAGGCAUCAGACGACACUCGGUCUCUGAGAUGACUUCCUGUGUGGAGGAGAACAGCUCUGUGGCCGAGUCCACCGCCAACGCCACCAGUCACACCAGCACAUCCAGCCUCGCCAACCACUCCAGGGGUUCCACACAAUUUGCUGCAAUGUCAGACACUGUGACCUCAAGCCAGGACCCCCAGCCCAGAGUCGCUGACAGUCCCGCAGGGCCCCACCCUCUCCAGCCGCAGCAUCACUCCCCAGGCAUCCUCCCCGAGCCUUCCCCGGGCGAGGACGCACACGGCACAGGAUCGUUGGCAUGGGACUCCCCCUCGUCCUCCAGAGCUCUGGCUCAAGACACGAGCUCCGGUCCCAGUCCGUCGUCCAGUCCGGAGAUCAUGAUGGUGGACCACGCCAUGGAGUCUUUGGACUCAGAGCCGGAGCAAGACGGCAUCUUCCUGGACUUCUCACAGCGUUGCUCUGGAGCCUCGACACACAGCAGAGACAGCAGCAGGCAGAGUGUGGCAUGACACGCACAGACACACACACAUGCACAUUUAUCUAAGGAGACACACUUGUAUGAUGCAGGGACGUGUGCAAACAAUGCUGAGCCAUUACUGACAUUCCUCACACCCUGCGAUGCCUCCUUCUGUUUCCUGGAGACGUUCGAUCAUCAGGGAUUCUCUCAAACUGAAUUAUUUUUCUAUGUGAUUUUAACUUUUAUCUGUAACAUCAAGUCUAAGCUCCUGAUGAGCAGUAGCUUUUUUAGCUGUAUGCCCCCAGUUAGAAACAUCAGCACUGGUCCCUCUGGGAAACUAUCAAUCAAUCAAUCAUUUGACUUUCAAACUAAACUAAACUGUAACUAAGAAAAUGAUUAUACAGUAGAAGAAGAGAGGUUGUGUAACAGGUUGUAACAUGUUUUCCCAGUUUUCUCUUAUGAACAAAAUAAAAAAAAAAAAAAGCAAAGAUGCAGCGGUGAUGACAGAUGACCGGA